GUACACCAUGCAUAUACAUUAAAGGAGUGUUUGACCGAUGUCCUCAGACUGAAAUUACGGAUGAAUAGGCUUAGGCUAUAUGUUCAUGCAUGUAGGCCGACCAAUCAAACAAUUGUAUAAUAAUAGGCCUAAUAAUAAUAGUCUAAUAUAAUAAUAAUAAUACGAUAAAUAAGAUUAAUCAUAAUCAUAAAAACAAAAUAACGAUGCUUUUCUAAAGUUGUUUAUAGCAUGCAAUACCUAUUAUUAUUGUGGCGAAUAGCGUGUGUAAUUACAUGUGGAUAUCAAUGUAAUCAUAUUAAUUGUCUUGCUUCUUAGACUACUGUUGCCACAUUUGUCAUUUCUUAACUUGAAUGCCAAUAUUAUUCAAAUCCAAAUGUGUUAUUUUGUACAGCGCAUAGCAACCUAUAUGAUUCACAUUAGAUACUUGUCAUUUUCCUUCAUGAACUCAAAUUGCAAGUUCAUUCUUCACGCUUGUCUUUUAUAAAGCAAGGGUUAUUAACUGCGAGACUUUAAUGGAAGCUACUGUAAACAGCUGUCACGAACCCCUUGCGCGUUGGCGGAGAAGCAGCUUUUUUUUGGCAUUUUAGAUUGUGCGUGUCUUUGCACAUUGAUAUUUUAAUCACUCUCAAUUAAAACCUAAAAGCUAAAACACAUAAUGAACGGAAAUAAGCCUAAAGUCAUAGACAUACAAGAAUAUCCUGAGCAACUAUUGCUCAGGCUUGAAAGCUAAAUGUCUGCCUCUGCAUUUCAACAGUCUGCAUGUCACUUUAUAACAAUCUAUGCCAGAGAAAAAGCAAAUAUGUGUGAUACCGGUGCGGUCUAAUAGAUGACAUCUCUGUGGAUCCAGCGUCUGCAACAGACCCCAUAAAGUGUGACUAAUGUAAACUUACUCCGAAAUGGACGGCCCUGAGUGAGUGCAGGGAUUUAGGAGAACGCCUAAAUGUGAACCAUGGAUUACGCACUAUAACCUAGCAUCAACAUAAUGAGGCAUAGAGGCCAAAAUAUCAAGUGGCAAUAUUUCCAGUGUAGCCUACUUGUUCUGCUCACUGACUACGGAAUGUUUAUUCUAGAAAAGGUUUAGCUAGUGGAAAUUAUAUAUAGAAAAAUAAACAAGCAGUUCAUUCAUUGUUCUUUCGUGUGAUAUUGGAUAUUGUUAGAAAUGUCAACCAAUUAGUUUGUUUUUCAAUGUCCACUUAAAUGGUUAUUUGUUCAGUGUAUAUUUAUUUAUUAAAUAAACUGUAUCCACAUGAAGGCAGACACCUGGGCAUCACCUCUGAAAUAUUAUAUCCACUUAAUUUCAUUAUUUAACCUUUAUUUAACUAGGCAAGUCAGUUAAGAACAAUGUCUUAUUUACAAUGAUGGCCUACAGGGGAACAGUGUGUUAACUGCCUUGUUCAGGGGCAGAAUGACAGAUUUUUACCUUGUCAACUCAGGGAUUCAAUCUAGAAACCUUUCUGUUACUGGCCCAACGCUCUAACCACUAGGCUACCUGCCACCCCAGAAAUGUUAUACAUACUUCGAAUUAGGCCUUAUUAAAUGACAAAUCUCACAUGGGCAAUAGCACACUCAAGUGGCAUCUCUGAAGUUUCAAAAUGAGCGAAACGUCAAUAAAUGACACACAUGCUGUGUAGAUACAGAGGUGUGGCUACAGAAGGCUUCUUUUAUUCAGCCCCCUUUUGAUAAUAUUCAACCUGGGAAUGUAUCAUUUCUUUCACAAAACGAGGACACCCCUCUAGUGAUUAGAACAUGCGUCAGAUUGCAGAUGUCCUUGGUGCAUUAUGAGCAGGCUUGAGAGGCUAUAUUAUACAUCAGCAUUUGUGGGUAUCUAUGCAUGUAUUUCAAAGCAUGUGUGCAUGCAUUUGGAUAUAUAGACACAGUAUGCUGCUACAUUGGUGCUUUUCUGCCUGUCCAAGAGGUCAAGCAUAUACAUUCAGAUUGAAUUGCCAAACAACUAAGUCUGCUGUGUGGUUGGCACUCAUAAAUCCACCUCCAACAGGGCUUCAGACAUUCUAGUGCUGAGAAUAUCUCAGCCUGUCAGGCUGAAACAACUUUCAUAGGAAUGUGAUGAGUGGAAAGGGGGCUUCUAUAUAUGCUCCUCAAUAAUGCUAAUUUACUGUAAAGCCCUUAACCCAUGCAUUUAUCAUCUUGUUGCUCUAAUACUCUCUAUUCGUUUUCAUCAUCAUGUUUAGGGUCGCUUUAAAAUUGAGUCAGUGUUAGACUGACAUGUUGUUCCAGUGGUUAGUGGAUACAGGACAUUGCUUCUCCAACUGACUCUCAGAAAUCUCAUCAGUUGUGCAAGUGGUGGUGGGGACUGACUAUUAUUUGGUAGGUUUGUUUGUUUGCUGGCUGAUUGACUGGCAGUUUGACCAAAUAAGUUUGCUGUUACAAAAGCUGCAAGGGUGUACAGUAUUUGCCAGCCAUAUGCCUUCUUCUAUACAUUUGUACACCAUGAAUAUAUAUUAGCCCAUGCACUGUAGGUGUGUGUAGUGUAGCCAAUUGAUUGAUAUACCUGUGACAAUGUAUUACAUAUGAAAAAACAAAACAGUUAUUCAUAUUCAUUGUAUUUGGUUUAUGUCAGUGAGUAAAGAAACAAUUAACUACGAAACUGUAUAUUCUAUUUGGAGAUCAAGAACAACGUAAUCCGUAAUCAGAAAAGGCUAAAUAAAUUGACUUUAUUUACAUUCAUCACUGAGAUUGCUUUAUAGUAGGUUUUCAAGGUCUGCCCUCUUUUCUGUAUUGUGACAUUGGAGGGGAAAUGGUUUUUGGCCAAAUGAUGGCUAAACCAGUGUCAGUUUACUAGUAGAUAACAGCAAAGGCCUGGUCCUAUUGGUUUUUCCAGUGGCCCUGUGGAGACUUUUAAACCCUGCUGACUAUUUCUAACUGCUCCCAGAGAGGUAAGCCCUUGCCAAACAGUCCGAAACCUGCCCGGUAACAAAAGCCUGAUCCCUGGGAUUAGGUAGCCAACUAAUUUCACUCUUUCUGUGGGGUCCUCCAAUUGCGGAACUCAGAUGAAGAGAGAAAGGAUCUUGGGCAGACAUAACAUGUCUGAUUGGUUCUGGUGUUAGUGCCAAGCGCGUUUCACGGACAAUUUCAAUUAUUGAUUCAUUUUUGACAACGCUGAAAAGAGGAUACAUAAACACAGUCCAUGAAUCUUGUAAUAUUGCAAACAGAACUGCAAAAGUCUGAGGUGGAAACUGUUAACAAUUUGGCAUAUUAUUAGAAGACAAUAUAAAUACAAACUUUUUUCAAAUAGCAUGGGAAAGCAUGUCCAUUAAGUUAAUUAAUUUAAAAUAAAAGAGCACACCUGGUAACAUGACAGUCUACAUUAGUCACAGACUAUUGCCAAUAUGCUUUGGAGAAAACUGUGAGAAGUGCGAUCACUUUUCAAUGGAAAGACACUUAGAGAUGAUUGCUGCUCUUGUGCAAAAUACUUGACAAUUUAAUGGGAAUUGAAAUAUGCCUGUCAUUUAGAUUGAGUUAAAGUUGUAAGUGCUUUCGCAACUUUUAUCCCAUGCUUUAAUCAUUUAUCCCACUACAGUCGGUGUUCGUGCCCCCUGCUGAAAUACAAUUAGUGUAAUAAAAAAAUCCCCAUCAGAAUCGGAGUCUGUUUAAGAUAGAGGUAUCUGUUUUUUUUGCAUGGGCUGCAUCUCAAUCCCCCACCACGGUGUUUGUCAGACCAUGAGACAUUGCAAUAAUCGGUCUUCUCGCGAAAACGUCUGUGCGUAAGAACGGUUUGGCCUACAAAACUAAUAUGACCACUCUAUGAAAAGAUGAAACUCUCACGAACGCGAUGGUGUUCUCUGUUUUGCUACUGCCCCCACAAGCGUCACAGGACUCGUCUGAAGUCGGUACCGCCAAUGUGCCAACUUCUGUCUGUAGCGUCCGAACAGUUUGGGCUACACACAAAUACUGUAUGACCCCUCUAUGGAAAGACACAGAGAAGUCCCACCAGAACCAAACAGAUGAGUCAAACGCCGAGGACGGCUCUCUGAAGAAGAAGCAGCGCAGGCAGAGGACCCACUUCACCAGCCAGCAGCUCCAGGAGCUGGAGGCCACCUUUCAGAGGAACCGUUACCCCGACAUGAGCACACGGGAGGAGAUCGCCGUGUGGACCAACCUCACAGAGGCACGGGUUAGAGUAUGGUUUAAAAAUCGCCGUGCCAAGUGGAGGAAGAGGGAGAGGAACCAGCAGGCUGAGCUGUGUAAAAACGGCUUUGGUGCCCAGUUCAAUGGACUAAUGCAGCCCUAUGACGACAUGUACUCUGGCUACACUUACAACAACUGGGCCACCAAGAGUCUGGCCAGCAGUCCACUGUCAGCCAAGAGCUUCCCCUUCUUCAACUCCAUGAAUGUAAGCCCCCUGUCAUCCCAGCCCAUGUUCUCCCCCUCCAGCUCCAUCCCCUCCAUGAACAUGGCCUCCUCCAUGGUUCCCUCGGCGGUGGCCGGGGUGGCUGGCUCGGGCCUCAACAACCUGGGCAACCUCAACAAUCUCAAUAGCCCCACGCUGAACUCGGUCGCAGUCACCGCCAGCACCUGCCCCUACGCCACCACCGCCAGCCCUUACAUGUACAGAGACACCUGCAACUCCAGCCUGGCCAGCCUCCGGCUCAAGGCCAAGCAGCAUGCCAACUUCGCCUACCCGACCGUGCAAAACACCGUGUCUAACCUAAGCCCUUGCCAGUACGCAGUGGACCGGCCGGUAUGAAUGACACCCACACCCACCCAGCCUGCCCUGUAGCCCCCAACCCCCCUCUCAGACCCACUGACCCCCAUCUUCCUCCUGGUCCCUGCCAUGCUCCAUCAGUAAAUCAGAGUGAACGGCACACAUCACCAUUACACUCUUAGAAAAAUGGUUCCAAAAUGGUUCUUCGGCUGUCCCCAUAGGAUAACCGUUUUCUGUUCCAGGUAGAAGCCUAUUGGGUCCCAUGUAGGACCCUCUGCGGAAAGGGUUUUACAUGGGACCCAAUAGGGUUCUACUUGGAAAUAAAAAGGGUUCUUCAAAGGGUUAUACUAUGGGGACAACCAAAGAACCCUUUUAGGUUCCAUGUUUGUCUAACUGAUGGUACACAACAGGAAUAAUCUUCAUCAGUUAGAACAAAUCCCCUGAUGGACCACCACGCUUCAAAGAACUCUCUCAAAUAUGGUGAGACUUUGUUGCUGAACCGACCAACUGUUAAAAAGGAUUUCUAAAUUGAAUCUGAGAUAAUUUUUUGACUAGAGUGGAUUUGAAAUGAAGAAAACCUGGAUGCUCCAACUGCACUGGUGGUCAAACAUGAAAUCAUUGUGACGCUUGCCACCAUCACGGGAAAGGGACCUGUGGUUGCAAUAUGGGAUAGAGGAUGUAUAUAAUGGACUUGUUUUGUUUUGUAUGUGACAAAACUAUCUAUGAAACGUAGAACUUUGGAGAUGAGAAAAGCAUGUUCUUCAAGAGCAGACCCUAGAUUGAUGUACUAUGAGUACCUCCUUUAGGAAUUUUAAUCUUUGUUAUGAAUUCCACUCACCUCAGAAGGUCAGGUGUCAAAGGUCAAAUCAGAAACGAGAGAGGAGCUAGCAGAAUGUAGCCUCAGAGAGUAAAAAUAACCAGGAGCGGAGACAAAACAACAAUUUACACAUCUGUCAGAGAACCAAUAUCAGAAACGUUUUAAAGAAAAGCCUAAAAAAGCCAUUGAAUAUAAAAGUUUGUGUGGUGUUAUAAAAAGGGAGUCCAUGACUGUAAAAAUUUAUGUAAGAGUGCAGUUAUAAAACAAGCUUUUUUCUGGUGUAGCCUGCUUUGUCUCAUUAACAUAAUAAAAAUGAUCUGUUUUUAUGAACAACA